CAUGAACACAGUCUACAGUCUACAUCUCAUAAACUAGUCAACAGUAGCCUACAUCAUUCUACUAUUCCAUUCUACUAUCUAUGAAAUCAGAUAAUCCCUCAGUGCAACAGGUUUGUGCCCAGUGUUCAGUGAAGAAUUACUCCAAAGUCCAACCCGUAAAUGGAGGCGGGACGGAAGAUGGGAAGCCAUGCAGUUCACGAAGGGAAUUAUUCAAACACUGGUUGCGUGACCCACAUGUAAUCUGUCCUAUUAUUAAGCAACCCCGUGAUCAAGAAAAAGGAAGACAUAUUGCUGAAUAUGUGAAUUAAGCUUCAUAAGUGAAUAGUGAACGAGAAGAACGAGUUGAUAUUUUGUGUUGCAGAUCAAGACAGAGAUGGUGACCUAUAAUGAGUUUUGAGCUGGGCACAUUGGACCUGGCAGAGAUGGACAACAGGAUGAAUAGUUCUGACAUGAAGACCCUGUCAACCCUGGAUCACCUUUACCUCUCCUCCCUAGAGCACAGCCUCAACAGUCCCCACCACCACAGCCCAGACAGAAACCACUUAUUCAACCACAGCUCAGACAGAAACUACUCAUUUAACCACAGCCCAGACAUAAACCACUCAUUCAACCACAGCUCAGACAUAAACAACUCAUUCAACCACAGCUCAGACAUAAAACACUCAUUCAACCAUAGUUCAGACAUAAACCACUCAUUUAACCACAGCCCACACAGAAACCACUCAUUCAACCACAGCCCACACAGAAACCACUCAUUCAACCACAGCCCAGACAGAAAUCACUCAUCCAACCACAGCUCACACAGAAACCACUCAUUCAACUAUCCAUACAACUACACAUACAGCGAGUACCAAUGUUCGUUAAAAGAGGAGUCCAUGUCCCCUCUUUGGUCUAGCAACUGUAGCGUUGUCAGCCUGUCCAGACCCACUCUUCACUCCAAGUCCCCCACUUACACAGACCCCAGCACUCUGCUCUACAUUGACUGCAGAGUGUGUGGGGACACGGCCUCAGGCUUCCACUAUGGAGUCCAUGCCUGUGAGGGCUGCAAGGGAUUCUUCCGAAGAACCAUGAGGUUAAAACUGGUGUAUGACCACUGUGAUCUGCAUUGUCGGAUUCACAAAAAGAGCCAGAAUAAAUGCCAGUACUGUCGCUUUCAGAAAUGUCUGCUUGUGGGCAUGUCACAAGAUGCCAUCCGCUUCGGCCGGAUGCCCCAGGAGGAGAGAGAGAAGCUGCUGGCUGAGUUUAUGGAUGUGUCCCCCAGGAGCCCAGAGUCAGUGGACUUGAGAGCCUUGUCCAGACAGCUGUGUCUGUCCUAUCACAGACACUUCCCCCUGACCAAGAGCAGGGCCAGAGCCAUCCUGUCUGGGAAGACCCACGGAAACUCACCAUUUGUCAUCCAUGACAUGAAGUCCCUGACAGCGGGUCAGGACUUUAUAAACAGUAGACAGUUCCCUUUCCUGGAGCACCAGAGGUCUGUCCUGCCCCCUCAAGAGCCUGCCGGGGAGCUGGAGCUCUUCUUUUUCCGGCAGGUUCAGUUCCGCACCGCCGAAGCUGUACGAGAAAUCAUAGAGUUUGCCAAGAGUAUCCCUGGAUUGACAGAGCUGGACAUAAAUGACCAGGUGACCCUGCUGAAGUACGGGGUCAUCGAGGUCAUGUUGAUCAUGCUGGCGCCGCUGAUGAACAAGGACGGCACACUGUUCGCCUACGGACAGAUCUUCAUGACCCGGGAGUUCCUCAAGAGUCUGAGGAAGCCCUUCUGUGAGAUGAUGGAGCCAAAGUUUGAGUUUGCGGUAAAAUUCAACGUGCUGGAGCUGGACGAUAGUGAUACGGCGCUCUUCCUCGCUGUCAUCAUCCUCAGUGGAGACCGUCCAGGCCUGGUGAAUGUGAAGCCCAUCGAGGACCUCCAGGAGGCAGUACUGCAGGCCUUGGAGCUGCAGUUGAAGACCAUCCACCCAGACUGCCCCCAGCUGUUUGCCAGGCUGCUGCAGAAGAUGACCGACCUGCGGCCGCUGGUGGCUGACCACAUCCGGCUCAUCCACCUGCUCAAGAAGCAGGAGCUGGAGAUGUGUCUGCACCCCCUACUACAGGAAAUCAUGAGGGACCUGUACUAGAGUAGUGGGAGACUCAGUUUAACAGCUAUGAAGAAAAGAAGACUAUACAGCAGUGGAGGCUGCUGAGGGGAGGACGGCUCAUAAUAAUGGCGCAAAUGGAAUCAAACACAUGGAAAUUGCAUUUAACCCAACCCUCUAAAUCAGAGAGGU